AUGGACGCGUGCCGGCCAUCCCACGGCUCCCCUACCGGAUAAGGCCAAGCCAGACCCCCCCGCAAACCCUAGCGCCUCCGCCACUCCUCCCCCUUCUCCCUCACGCGUGCGCGCCUCUCCUCUCUCUCUCUCUCUCUCUCUCUCUCCAGUACGCUCCCGUCGCCGUGCGCUGGUCAAUCCCGCGGCCACCGGGCCCCUCCGGCCUCGCCGGUCUGUCCUGGAGCUCCAGCGCCGUCGUCCUCUUCGUCUGGUUCCACUGGACCGCGCUGGGGGCCGCCGGAGCACCCGCCUCGACUCCUUCUUCCUCCUCUGCUCCGUCGUCGCCGUCGCAGGGAACCGCCGCCUCCAGGGAGCCUUCCCCGAGCACAUCUUUGCACACCUGCAGGCGCGAUAUGAUUAUUCUAAGUUGUUGAGGAAAUGUACAACUAAAACACCACCAAAAGUAGGAAACUAGCUAGCCUGCUCUCAGUAAGUGAUGGCAGAGACAAUCCUUCUUCUGGCCAUUGAAAAGAUCGGAAUUGCCUUAGCAAAUGGAGCAGCAAAGCAGGCAAAUGCCAAGUUUGCUAAAUAUAGGACACAACUGAAAGAGCUUGAGGGUUGCAUGGGACGCAUUGUGACGGAGCUUAAUGUGAUGCAUUGUUCUAUCUGUCAAAUGGACAUACGCAACCGCAGCGAUGAAGCAUACUUAGCCUGGUUGAAAGAGGUGCGUAGGGUGGCACAUGGGAUGGAGGAUAUGGUGGAUCAGUACUUGUAUCUAGUUGGUCAGGAACAUGACACAACAGGGUGCUUCUUUUACCUGAAGAAAGGGUUCAAAAAACCAAAAUCUAUGUUUUCUUUGAGCACCAUAGCAUCCAAGGUGAAGGAAAUAGAGAGAGACCUGACACACCUAUCUCAAACAAAAGACCGAUGGGUUCCCAUGACGAACAGUGGGGACUCCAGGUACAUUGUCCAGAUGUCCCAAGAACUGGCAAGCAAUUCACUUUCUCUUGGUGAAGAAGGUCUUGUUGGCAAUGAAGAUAACAAGCAAAAACUUGUACAGUGGUUGGAAGAUGAUGAAUUGGCACGGUCUAUAAUAGUUCUGCAUGGCAUGGGAGGGCUCGGGAAAACCGUCCUCGCAGCAACUGUCUAUAAGAAAGAGCGAGAGAAAUAUAAUUGCCAUGCAUGGGUCUCCAUCUCACAAACUUACACCAAAGAGGAUGUUCUUAGGAGAUUGAUCAUUGAUCUUAUGGGCAAAGAGAAUGUUCCUGCUGCGUUCGCCACCAUGGAUUUCGCAGCCAUUCAAGAGACACUGAAGAGGCACUUGGAACAGAAGAAAUAUCUCAUUAUAUUUGAUGAUGUUUGGACUCCAGAAGCAUACACUGAUCUAUUUGGAGCACUCACUGAAAAUCGCAAUGGGAGCAGAAUAAUAAUCACGACACGAAAUUCUGAUGUAGCUCACCUUGCUACUCCAAAUAGGAUACUCGUAUUGGAGCCCUUGUCAAAGGAUGAGUCAUGGGUACUCUUUUGUAAGAAGGCUUUUCCAAAUCAUAAAUGUCCUCCAGAAUUGAAGACUUUGUCAGAACAGAUAUUGUGGAAGUGUGAAGGCUUACCUCUUGCGAUUGUCUCUGUUGGCAGUCUCUUGUUUGUGCGUGACAAGACUAUGGAUGAAUGGAGGCGGAUAAAUAAUCAGCUCAGCUGGGAGCUAAUUAAUAAUCCGAUGCUUGAUCAUGUAAGGAAUAUUUUGCAUCUGAGCUUCAUCUACCUUCCACCAUAUUUGAAGAGCUGUUUCCUAUUCUGCAGCUUAUUUCCAGAGGACUAUCUUCUCAAAAGGAAAAGCUUGAUCCGACUGUUGGUAACAGAAGGGUUCAUUGUAGAGAGGGGUGGAAGUUGCACAAUGGAGGAAGUGGCCGAAGGCUAUUUAAAUGAGUUGGUUCAGAGAAACAUGCUACAGCUUAUUGAGAGAAACUCACUUGGUAGGAUAAAGCUCCUUAGAAUGCAUGAUGUUGUACGUGAGCUGGCGAUAGAUUUGUGUCACAGAGAAUGCUUUGGUGUUACAUCUGAGGAUUACAGAGGUGGGAGAUUAGUCAACGGCAUCAGCGGUGGACGUCGGCUAGUAGUCCACAAACUCAGUAAUACGACUAAUGAGUUGAUUUCAAGCAUGCACCACCUUCGAUCUGUUAUUGUAUUGGACAACAUGAUGCAGAUGUCACAACCACAAUCCAUGCUACUACUAGCUUCAGUGUUAUGCAAUUCUAGAUAUAUCACUGUACUAGAAUUAAAUGGGUUACCUAUUGAGCAGCUUCCAGAUGCAAUUGGGGAUUUGUUCAAUCUACGUCACUUGUCAUUGCGUAACUCAAGGGUAAAGUUCCUCCCCAGGUCCAUCGAGAAUCUUGUCAACUUGAUGAUACUGGAUCUAUUUAAUUCUGACAUACAGAAGUUGCCUCGAGGGAUUGCCAAACUCAAGAAGCUUAGGCACUUGUAUGCUGAGAAAAUUUGUGGUCUCUUCGAGAGAAAAUUCCCGAGUCGUAUCGCCCUGCGUUUCCCCAAGGAUGGUUUAUGCAAUCUCACAAAUCUACAGACACUGGUGGCAGUAGGAGCUGAUGAUUGCACUAUGCAUCUGUGGAAGCUUACGCAGAUGAGGACCAUUCGGUUAUGGGAUGUGAAGGGGGUCCAGUGCGAACAGCUCUGCGCAUCACUGGCUGAGAUGCAAUUCCUGUCCAGUUUAGCCAUUCAUGCAGUUGAUGAACAUCAGGUUCUCCAGUUAGACGGCCUUAAUCCACCGCCUUCUCAGCUCCAGAAGAUUUGUAUUCUUGGACGAUUGGCCGCAGGGACAAUAGAGCACUCCCCCCUCUUCCAAUUAAACUUGACGGAACUGUCUCUUCAUUGGACACAGUUGACAGAAAGUCCUGUGCCUUCCAUUACUACAAUGUCAAACUUUACAGUGUUUUGGCUUAACAGAGCAUUCAAUGGAGAGGAAUUGACUUUUCUCCCUGGAUGGUUUCCAAAGUUGAAGACCCUCUACUUGCAGGACCUGCCUAACCUCAAGAGUCUAGUGUUGCAUGAAGGCACCAUGGUGAACCUGGAAACCUUUUGGUUAGCACAACUUGAUAGGUUGACUGAGGUCCCACUUGGCAUUGAGUUUCUCGUACCCCUCAAAGACCUAUUCUUUAGGGAAAUCACUGAUGAGUUCUUUACAUCAUUGUGUGAAUGCCCCAGAAUGUAUGGAAUGCGCUGGCAGUAUACCUUGCAACAAUGAUCGCUCGCCAACUCACUGCUCCAGCAAUACAUAUGGCAGUGCUAGGAGGAUUGAUUCGAUCCAAGGAAGAUGAAGACAAUCGGUAUAUGUAUGUUGCUGUUGCGGCUGCUGUCUUGUGCAACGUGGUUCCUGCAGGUGCAGGUUAAUAAGAUUCUGACUGUGGCUGGUUUCCAUGAUCCUUAAGUCCUCUAUAUAUAUUCUGUACUAGUACCCCCUCUGUAAACUAAUAUAAGAUCAUUCAGAUAACUAGUCAUCUAAAAUUGAUGUAUGUUUGGGUUUGAGACAUUCGAGUGUUUGCUCUUGGUUUGUAAUAGUAUUAAUGCUGCUAUAUUGCUGACCGUGCGGUCGCUAGUCGGGUUGCUAUUAGCUUGUUAUAGGCUUGAAUUCCAAUGAAAAAAAAAACAUGUGCUUGUUCUAAAA